AUGAUCACUUCACGCUUUGCAGCAGCAAUUUUUGUCCUUUCUCUCGCCUCAAAUGUGGCUUGCGUUGGAGCUUCGUCGUCUCUUCAACAAGCAUUGGAUAACGAUACACAGACUGAGCCGCCCGCUCUACACACGGCGACCCUUACCAUCGAACAAACCUGCAAUGCAAUUUAUGGCGCUCCAGGCGUCGCCCUGAUUCAAACAGAGAUAGGAAACGCGAUAGCGAUCAUCACCGCUGCCAGUACAGCUUUCAGAGCUACGCCAGACACCGCCCUGUCAGGACCCUACGGUCAAGCGUUCAUGCCGUUCAAUAGCUUUUGGUUUCCUAAACUGCCUGGUAUAACAGACGCCAGGGGGUAUGUAGCCGAAUACUACGCUCGUAUGGCACGAGCCACCAGGCCUGGAUCAGUAGACGAGCACGGGGAUCCGAUUAAAGCUCUAUUGAUCAGCUGUGAUCCAGGCCAUUUCAAUAAAGACGGUAGCAAAGAAUGCAACGAACAAUUUGCAGUCACACGAGAAGAUCUGAAUCGUAUUACUCUUUGUCCUCCGUGGUUUACGGACCAGAUACAGGCGCCCCCGACGACUGCUAUCACGUGUCGGAAUGGAGCGGUUCUUGAAAGUUACAACAGCAAGGAUGUCCAGGGGUACAAAUACGGCGAUAAAGAUUUUAUACUUACAAUCGCAUACGGAGUACAGAUUUGCUAUGACUUAGCACAAGGCUACUUCAAGCCAAAGAGUGGGUUAGGUGAUACCAACGCUCCCUGGGAAGCGGUGCUGAAUGCGGACAAUUGGACCUGGCUGGCUGAAGUUAUUGCAGAGCUCAUAACGCUGAGUGGAUAG